UUGCCUCACGCCUGGCCCCGCUAGUCAUGUGGUGACCUCAUUUCCAGGCAGGUGUGCAGAGCCGUGACGGAGGCUCCUCGAGAGAACUGCCUGAUAACUGGCCCUGUGGUGUGUGUGUUCGAACCCGCGUGAGGCGAAAUGGAAUAUUGAUCGGCGGGGCAUGAGCCUGACCCGGGGGCUGGGACCCCUGGAGCCCCCCAGGCCGCUCCAUGACCAGGGCAUACUUACUUUUUCAUACAUCAUGGGGUGAUGACGCUGGAGCAGGAGCGAGACCAACCCAAGGGGGCCACCGGCGGCGAGGCGACCCUCCCCAGCCUGCAGGCCGGCCUUUUUCUCGCCCCUGAACGAGCGCGCCCCGCCCCGUCCCACCUCUCUCCUAGGAGGAUGAAACCCGGGGGCCACCAGGGGCGGCGGCCCAGGACCCCCGUGAGGCAGCACCAGGUGGACUCAGACUCCUCGCUCCUGCACAGCCCCGCGGCGGACUCCUACGUCCUCUUCGGGUCCCGCUCUGGGCACAAGUCCAGCAGGUCCCCGCGGUCGUCACCCAUCCAGGGCCACAGGUCUCCCCUCGGCAAGAGGACGACGCACGGGGCGGGAGCAGCGUCGGGGGGUCGGGGCGCAGCGAAUGGGUCGGGUCGGCGGGGCAGCGAGCCGGGCGUGGCACAGAAGCAGAAAAAACUGGCUUGCGAUGUGGUGGUGCCGCCGCUGCCGCCGCCGCCGGACCCGCGGGCCCAGGCGAGCCGUGUGCCGCCGCAGCCUUCCAGCGUGGAGAGUGCCGAAAGCGUUAACCUGAUGGACCUAUCCAGCGACACCGAGCAGAGCGCCGGCAGCGUGGACCUGGUGGCGCCGCCCCCGGACAGCCAGACCAUGGACGUAGACUUUAGCGGUGUCCCGCCUCCCAGCCGGGCGGCGGGCACCCCCCUCGCCUCCCCCGUGUGGGCAGCAAACACAUUAGCCUCAGCAUAUCACUCUGCCACCCCCACCACUGUCGUCUCGCCCUCGGCGGCAAUCACCGCCACCCUCCAGAGCGGCAGCUUUUCGCCUCGAAGGACUUCCCCGACUGUCCUCUCGCCCGUCGUAGUGAGCAUGUCCAUUGUAGGGGCCGCUACUCCUCCAGUGGACACCCUUCCCCUGCUGGAACCUUCGGACACGUCCUGCGACGCCUCCAUGAGCACAGGGGACACAGUACCCCUGCUGGGCCCCGCGACGGACGACGAGACGGCGCUGCCUCCGCCACCGAACUCCUUCAGCAAUAUCUCCUCCAUCGGGGUCAUACACCUGCCCGAGCAGGCCGCCCUCACGCCCGAGCCCACCAGCCUGUGCGCCUUCGUCAGCCCCGCCGCUUCCGUCACGGGCCUCCAGAUAACAGAGAACUCGUCCCCGUCGCUGCCCAGCACCAGCACCUCGCCUAAGGCCUCACGCGUGCUGCCACUCCUGGGCUUCUCCCCCGCCUCCCUCAGCUCCCCGGAGGCCGGCCCAGCGGACAUCAUGUCCAAGAAGCCCACUGCCACGUCCCCCACCCAGCGGGGGGGCGGCAUCACCUCCCCGGCGCCGCUGUCCACGCCGGACCUACGGGUAGACAUGUUCGAGGCGGAUUACCCGGGGGAGGGGUGGCGGGCGGGGGAGCGGGAGGGAGGCACGCCCCCCGUGCUGCCCUCCAGCUUCCCCGCCAUAACGCCCGAGGACCUGACGCCCGCAGAGCUGCACGAGUUUGACAUGAAGUACGGGUCGCCACACCACGCCCGCUCCCGCUCCAUCAAGUCCCUGGCGCGGCCCACCUUACUGGCCCUACCCCUCGAGCGGCCGCGCCUCACGUCCCUGCCCGGCAACGGCGGCGGAGGAGGCGGCGGCGACGACGACGAGGAUGACUACUACCGCCUGCGUCACUUCUCCAUCACAGGGCGGCGCAUCAUCAACCGCGGCGACUCCUUCAAGUCCCGGAGGACGCGAUCCAACACCAGCGUGGCCUCAGACGCCUCCAGGCCGCUGACGUCACUAGAGGGCGGGGCGACCCUCAUUGCGUCACUGGAGGGGGCGUGCCGCUCCCUCGCACCUGGCCUGCCCCCCGCCAUCACGCUCUCCUGUGACGACGUGUCCUGCUUUGCCGAUGGGUGCGCGUGGUCACAUCCUUGUUCCCUCGCGACCUCUGCGGCGUCGUCUGCGGCCUCGUCUGCAGCGUCGUCGGCGUCGGAGAUGAUGACGCCGUACCGGGUGGUGAUGCUGGGUGCGGCGGGCGUGGGCAAGACGGCGCUGGUGCAUCAGUUCAUGACCUCGGAGCAUAUCAACGCUUACGACUACUCCUUAGACGAGGAGUACGGCGAGCAGUCUGUGUCUGUGAUGCUGGACGGAGAGGAGUCCGAGAUUAUGUUUGUCGACCACCCGGCGGACGAGAUGACGGUGGAGAACUACCUGGCCACGUACGAGCCUCACGCCUUCGUGGUGGUGCUGAGCGUGACGGAGCGCUCGAGUUACCUGCGCGCCGAAGAGGUCUUGCAGUACCUGUGGCGGCUGGACGUGAUGAACAACAAGGGCGUCAUCCUCGUGGCGAACAAGACGGACAUCGUGAGGUCCAGAUGCGUCACGUCCAAAGAGGGAUCAAACUUGGCCGAUUCCUACGACUGUAAGUAUAUCGAGACGUCCAGUGGUUUCAAUCACCAAGUGGACGAGCUCCUGGUGGGGAUACUCAAGCAGAUUCGCCUCAAAACACUGCCGCCGGAGACCACGAAGAAGAGGAACCCAAGGAGGAAGAAGUACCGUGGCUCCAAAACCUCGGCGAGUCUUAAGGUGAAGAGCUUCCUGACCAAAGUGUGCGGCAAGGAACCCAAGAGCAAGUCCUGCGAGAACCUGCACGUCCUUUGACUCCUCCUCUUCCUCCUCCUCCUAUAACUCCUCUUCGUCUUCCUCCCGUCUUCUUAUCUUUCGAGAGCCUAUGCCUUUUCCUCCUCCUUUCUUUCUUUACUUCCUAAGACUCGUUUUCUGUUCUAUUAUGCAAGAUCUUCCAUGCCUUUUGAUUCCUCCUCCUUCUCCGCUUCUUUCCUUUUCCUCCUCUCUUUAUCCUUACAAAUUUUCUACGCCUUUUUCCGUCUUUGUACUCGCUACCUCGAUGCUUUCCCUUACGGUUAUAGAAUUUUUACUUAAAGACGUGUGACCUUGACCUGCUUAGAGGCGCGUCUGGAGCACAUCACACGCGCCUCAAGACAGAAGGAUGAACUACGGGGGAUGUUUCUUCAGUGACCCCUUGAAUGUGCAGGGAAAAGUGACCUCAUGUACCUACCUGACCAGACCGAGUGUCUUCGCCGAUGAGUGAUGUGCUAUUAUCAAGCGAGUGUCUUUUUGGUGUUAGAAAAAAUAGAGAAACUUGGACUGUGCCUGAUGUAUGUAUAUGUGAGAAUGGGAAGAUAUGAGGAGGAGGAGGAAAUUUGAAAAGGAAUGGGAAGGAAGAAGAGAGGUGGAUGGGGACAUAGAGAAGGAAGAGUUGGGAGAUAAAGAGAAGGAAGAGGACUGAUGUAGGAAAAGGAAUAAGGAAGAUGAGGAGAAGAGGAUGAGGUUGAGAAUGAGGACGUCAACCUGAAAGAGGAGGAGGAGGAGGAGGAGGAGGAAGACGAAGUUAAAAAUAAGAGAAAAGAGAAUGAGGAGGAGAAGGAAAGGAGUAGGAAGUACAGGGAAUAAAAAAGGGAGGAAACGAAGGGCAAGAGAAGAAAAUGGAGGAGGAGGAGGAGGAGGAGGAUGUUAUGUAAGUUGUUUAGAGACGGAAGAAAAAAGAAGUGGAGAUGUCUGGUUUCCCUCUCUGCAUUAACGAGACCCUCAAGUAUUUUUUAAGUCCUCCUUCCCUCCUUCCCUCCCAUCUUUCCUCCUUCCCUUUCCUCCUUCCCUCCCACUUUUCCUCCUUCCCUCCUCUGCGUAUUAUACAUCCUUUCAUUCCUCCGCCGUACCUUAUCUCCGGUCUCUCUCUCUCUCUCUCUCUCUCUCUCUCUCUCUCUCUCUCUCUCUCUCUCUCUCUCUCUCACCUUUCUCCCCUCUCCAUUCCUCUCCUCUCCUCUCCUCUCCUCGCCUUUCCUCUCUCUUUCCUCUCCUUGUCUUUCCUCUCCUCUCCUCUGUCUCUCUCUCCUAUACCCUUCGACCUUACUUCCCAUCCUCCCCUCCUCUCCUCUCCUUUCUUCUCCUCUUUCUCCUGUACACCGCGACCUCUCCUUCCACUCAGAUCAAUAAACAAACAACCAUCUUCCUCUGCUCCUCGACAAGUCUUCCUUGCAGGUGCCGGGAAGCAUUUUUUGGACGCCCGGAGAAGGGAAGUGAAAAGGUUGUGCUAGGAACGGAUCAGCACGAGCGCUUCUACACGUGACGGGAGAGUGAAAGAUAACGCCUGCAGCUGUCCCGGGAAAAGCGAUCCAAGUCUGUGUUUGUUUGUGUGUGGGUGGGCAGGUGUGUGGGUGGACGCAGAGGGAAGGAAUCAAAACUAUAUAGCAAGGUAGUGCAGCCAAAAACCUUUAUAUGAGUGUUAAGGUGAAUUUCUUGAAAGUUUAUUAAUAUACAAAAUAAAAUCGCGUAGAACCUCGAAGAUUUUUUUGGAGUUUUGUGUGUGUUGAAGAAAAAUGUGUUGAGAAAUGUGAAGGUGGAAAAAGAAUAUACUUUGGACAGACAGUAACGUGAACAGGGAAUUUUCGGGGAGCUGUUUCCUCUUCAGUGAGGUUCCCUACUGACUCCUACAUUACAGGCUGUCCUAACAUACCCUUCCCUCCCUCUUUUUUCCUCUAACCUUUCCACCAUCUGCCAGUCACCCUACCUGCCUCUUCCAGUACCACUUCCAGUACCUUUCCAACCACUGCAAGACUUCUACAUGUACAAUCCUCUAUCUACCUUGUCCUCUCUCUUUCUCCACGUCUCUCUACUUUCCAUCCUUAACUAAACCCCUUUCAAAUAUCUAAGUCUUUUACCUACCAGCAGUACAGAACCUUAACUCUCAAUAUCCCGUCCUAUAUCUACAUAGAACCCACUCUUUUUAUUCCUUCAAGUCCCUUUAAUACUCUCCACCCUCUUUCAAGUCCCUCUCUUCCCCUUCCAUUUCUAAAAGAGGCAUCCGCCCACUCCACUUCCCAACACGUCCUUCACCUCUCUUCUACUGUUCAUUCUCUCCAUGCCCCAUUACCUAUCAACGUCCCUUCUCCUAAUCCCCUUCCUCAAUCUCCUGGCAAAUAAAAGAAGCCACCAUCCCAUAUCUCCACCUCUCAUCACCCUUCGAACCAACGCCGCGGAGACACCAGCCAACUCUCCUUUAUCUUCCUGGACGGUGGCUGGAACUUUGCUUGGAAGUCUUCGCAUCUCGACUCGCGCUCCCUCGCUCCCUCCCUCCCUCUGGUGUGUCUCGAAGGGCAUCUUAAAGGUAUAAGUACUGGAGUCUCGGCUUUGCUGUUUGAUGCUUCCUGUCGUGAGAGGCUGAGAGACUGAGUGAAGGAAAGUGAUGUAUGUGUGGAGGGGAGGGGAGGAAGUGCGUGUGUGUGUGUGUGUGUGUAUGUGUGUGUGGGUUGUUUUAGUGAGGAGUGUUGUGAUAUCAAGCCUUACAGGAAGAAGACAAAAGAUGCCAAAAAUAAAGCUACAGAGAAAGAACAAGGAGUGAAGAGUUACGUGGAAGGAUAAAAAUAGCUCCAUGCCAGGAAAUGUUCUCUCUCUCUCUCUCUCUCUCUCUCUCUCUCUCUCUCUCUCUCUCUCUCUCUCUCUCUCUCUCUCUCUCUCUCUCUCUAAUCAUGUUGUUAAGUUAAUGUUUUUUGAAGGGCGGUAAACAGCAAUACGUGACGUCGUGUCGAUAGAGAAAGGCACGCAUUCACCCCCUGUUUGCCUUCCUAAGCCCCGGGAACAAAGCAUUCGCGUGUGCCAUUAAGCAAAUGCACCGUAAGUUAUAUGAAUGCACAGGAGGAGGCGGCAGGCGAAGCGAAGGGUAGGAAUAAGACAGUAUGUGAAUAAGUAUGAGGAAGACUCCAAAACUGCAAGGAUGUUUAUGAAAAGAAAUAUGCAAAGUGUUGGAGAACAAACAUGAUUGAAUAAGAGUGUGUGUAGCCAUGUUAAGAUAUAGAAAUAUGAAGCCAUGAUUGUGAAGAAGCAUGUAAAGAAGUUAGCUGAGUUACAGUUUUGAAGAAUAUGAAACUUGGACUAUGAAGCGAAUAUGCAAUGUGGAACAAACGUGUGAAGACAGAAAAUCGAACAGUUGAAAUGUGAUAUAAAGAAACUAAAACUCGUGAGAUUGGCGUCAUAAGCUAAAUCUGCGUCGAGCAAGGAAACUCCAACACAUGAAUAAAAUGAAACCUCAGAAAACGAGAAAUGAAAGUGGAAGGAAAAUAGACUACUCAGCUUAUGAACGCAAAAAAAAAAAACAGAGGCUACAGCAAAGAAACAAGUGAGGCGUUAAUCAAAUCUGGGUUAAAAAAAAAUGAAACUCAAACAGAAGCCAACGAAAUAAAAAUCCAAAAUGUUAAUAUCUCUUCCACCUACAAAAAAGAGUAAAGAACGAAAGAAAAUUAAAAGAGAAAAGAAACGAGAGACUUAAAAAAUUAAAAUACAGUAAAGGAAACUGACAAAAAAAUAAAAGAACAGGAAAUAGAUUAAAAAGAUUAAAGAAAAGUUGACUGCGCUGUUGGGGAAAAUUUAUGAGAGAGAGAGAGAGAGAGAGAGAGAGAGAGAGAGA